GCUCCGGCGGGUAGUAGCAGGCGGGGCGGCUCGUGCUGGUCCCCAACCGGCCGGAGCGGCAGCGGCUGCGGCGCGGGACAGUAUGCGGGAACCGCUCGUGAUGGGUCCUGCCGCCAUGAUGGUCCGAACUGGUGAGCUUUGAUGACACCGCACCAUGUACAGUGUGGAAGAUCUCCUGAUUUCUCAUGGAUACAAACCAGCCCGGGAUGUCUCAGCACCACGGAAGGACAAAUCAGAGGGAUGCCGGCCAACAAGAACAAGAACCCGAGCUGGCCAAGGCCUUUUGAAUGGGUAUGAGGAUGGCCCGACAGCUCAUGCCCACAGUAAGUCGUCCCUGGGGACAGGACAUGUGAGCAGUUCUGAAAGCCGCAGCAGCAAGCCAAGAGGCCACCGGGAGCGCCAAAGCACGUCUGCUUCUAGAACUCCUGAAGCGGGGUUUUCUAAUCAGCCCGUCUUAACAUGGUCCUCUCAGCCCCAUAUUGGUAGUGACCACGCCUACCGGAGCAGAGGAAGGCAGGAGGGCAGUGGCUUGCUGGGUCCCAGGGACUGGGAAGAUGUGGAGAUCAGAAGAAUGGCCCAGGCCCGCAGUCUGCCCAUCCAAGUGAGAGAGAGCCCGUGGGAAGUUGCAGGAAGGACAGAGCAUGUGAUAAAGAAGGCCCUUUGGGAAGAAGAGCUGAGGACGCCAGCUCCUGCUAAGUGGCACAACGUGAGCUUGGAAAGCUGGGAGCAGCCGAGGAAGUUAGGGAGGCAAGUGUCCGAGGGUGACAGAGAGAAAAUGUUCCAGGACCUGUACCAGUUUGUUCAAGGAGAGCACGUGCUGACAUCUCAGAACAAAAAGAAAUCCCAGUCAUUGCCUCGAGUUCUUUCUCCCGAGAGCCUGCGUUUCACAGAAAUCCCUGUUUCACUACACGAUGGGCACUUACCAGGUGUCCCCAAAGUGCCACCAUACCCUCCCAGCUGCCCACCACCUUUGGAGCCCACAAGGAAUCUUGAGAAAGGUAGUUCCUCGGGCCCUUUUCCCCGGCCUAGGUUUGGGAAACCCCUUAAAACUCCGUGUUCUGGCUCUCACCCACAGCCCAGGGGAGAAGAUGCGUUUCAGGACCACCAGCACAGGGACCCACGUGGCUCCCAGCCAACAAGAAGUAAGGAGUCCAGGCAGGAGGUGGGCGUGCUGGAUACGGGCCUCGAGCCUCCGGUGUAUGUCCCUCCACCUUCAUACAGGUCACCCCCGCAGCACAUCCCGAACCCCUACCUUGAGGAGCCUGUGCCCAGGCACACGAGCAGCAGCCAGAGUCAACAGCAGCAACUGCCUGAGAAAGCUGAGGCCAGCUGUCCACUUCCUCCUGGCUCCCUUGUGGCGAGGAACCCCUAUGAUCCAACGCCUGGCACUCCCCCGCAAGGUCUCCCCCCACACUCCUAUCCUUUUGCCGCCCAUGGGGGUUCUAUUGAGUACAUUCCAUUUGACGAUCCACGGAUCCGACACAUCAAAGUAGCUCUGCCCCCAGAAUACUAUGAGAAGGCAAAGCUUGAUGACAUACCCUAUAACUCUGGCAUCACUACUCACGAACCAGCUCUUGGGAGAAGACAGUACGAUGGUGCCCUUUUACCACCACAGGGCCCAACACUCCCAUCAGGCAAUGAGCAGGGCUCAGCCUUUGCUCAUUCCAGUCCCCGGUGGCUGCGGGGCCAUAUCCCUGUGGACAUGGAACAUGGAGGCUUCCCUGGCCAAACAGAAGAGCCUGUCAUGAGAGGACUAGGGACUGAUGUGAGAGACAGCCAGCCAGCAAGCCUUGCCUCUUCCCCACAGCCACAGAGUGAGGGUACCUGCAAAACCUACACCAAGCUCAAAAAGUUUGAAACUGGGAUUCAGACCAAGAAAAGUUCAAAGAAGAAAGCCAACGCAACCAUAUUUUGUUUGGUUUCUGUCCCAGUUAAGUCUGAGUCGCUGCAGCCAGAUACGGAUACGAACAACAAUGACUUGAAGCUGGGAGCUGAUAAGACGCAUGGGCUGUGUCAGGGUCCAGGCCUGGAGGAGCAAAGUCUGUUGAGUAUGUCUUCCACUGACCUGGAGCUGCAAGCCCUCAUGGGAAGCAUGGCUUGGAGAAGAACAUCUCCAAGGCAAGGUCUGGGGGAGCCAGAAGAUGGCCAAACUGAUGACCUCAGAUUCCUCCACCUCUUCAAACCCAGGGAGCUCCAGCCUUCUGGCUCCUGGCCAGGCCACCAAUACAGGGAUAAGCAGACCCAAACCAGUUUCCCAGAAGACUCCAAAGGCUCACAUCUCCCCCGUGCUACAAAGCCAGGAGAGUCUAGCAGUGCAGCACCGACCCCAACGUGCCCAGAGCCCACUGCCUCCGAAGUACACCUGCAUGCAGCCUUAGCAUCCGGUGACCCAAAUCAGAAGCCCAGCGUACCUCACCUCCGAGGGCAGAGGUCCCUCAGCCCGUCUCGCAACAGUGCUUUCUCAAGGACUUCCCCAGCCAUAAACCAGGCAUCUAUGCCAAAAGGGGUCUCCGGUGAGCCCCCUGGGGCCAGCCCUGUACCCAAGCCGGAGGUGGUGAAGGGGGAGACCACAGCAGGCCAGUGCAACAGCACACAACUUUUUGGUCAGUUUCUCUUGAAACCAGUUAGCCGCCGGCCGUGGGAUCUGAUAAGUCAGUUAGAAAGUUUUAACAAGGAGCUUCAGGAAGAGGAAGAAAGCCAUGGUGCUAGUGGUGGGAGCAGUCAUGAGGACAGUGAGACAGAACAGCCAGAGGACUCUGCUGACUCCAGAGCCAAGACCGGAAGCCGCCAUGAAAGCAGCCAGGAGAGGAUUGCAGAGCCUCAGCCUGCAGCGCUGGUGCUAGAGGAGUCAGGGUUCCAGGCAAGACGACUUGGGAAUGAGUCAGAGAAUUGGAAUGAGGAACCAAGAGCUGGCCGUGCACAGGCCCAUCCGCAGGCCCGGGGCCAGUCGCAGGAGGAAGACAGCAGAGGUGUUCUUGUCCGGCAGCGGCGGACAGAUGGAAGCCUGGUUGCAGAGCAAAGCCAGGAGGUUCUGAAUGGGAUGUGUGAGCAGGACAUUAGCAUGAGUCCUCUGAGCAGGAUGGCUCCCAGCGACACAAAAUCAGCCCCCUUUUUCUAUCUGGCAGAACUGAGAGGAAGUCAAGAACUCACCAAAGUCAGUGAUGCUCUAGGGUCUGUGCAGCUGGGCAGAGAGACCCCUCCAAAGGUGGGCGGUGGUGACGAAAGGGACAGAGAAGUCCUACUGCCUCUCGCUGACAAGUACCGAGGCCUCUCAACACCAGACUUGAGGUCUUUGGGGCUCACACUGGGACAAGAGCAGAAUGUCUAUAAAUCAGAGCCUCUGGGUAUAGAGAAUACCGUGGAAGUCCUCCCAAGUGAGUCUCUGCAGGAGAGGGCAGAGAGGAUCCUGGGCAUUGAGGUGGCCAUGGAGUCCCUCCUGCCAGGUGCCAGGAGAGGAGGACAGAGCCAGCUCCCUGAGCCUGGUGCAAGUGCCUGCAACCUAGAGCCAUCCAGAGAGGACUCAUUGCCCAGCUUGGCACCACCAGGGGGCCGCACAGUGGCCGCUGAUGCCUUCUAUGGCAGGAGAAAGUGUGGCUGGACUGCGAGUCCCCUCUUUGUAGGGGACAGGGCCCCUCAGGCUUCUGUGUGCUCAGAUGUGGAUGAGCUCCCUGCAAGCCAGGCCACCAGUCCUGAGCCUGAGAAAAAGGAUGAGGAGGCAAAACCACCCUUCAAGUCCACUCUGUUCCAUUUCAUGGAAAAGACUUCAAGCGCGGUGAGCUCCGAAAAGAGGCUCCGAAGCCCUUCCAAAAUGAUCGAGAGUUUACAGGAAAAAUUGGCAUCGCCCUCAAGGAAGGCAGACACAGAUCGCUUGGUAAGAAUGAGGGAGAUCAACUCCUUGUCUCGGAUGAGGUGUCUGAAUUCCAAGAGUGCAAACUCCAUGGAGGAGCCCGACCACCUAAAGGCCACCACGAGUCAGGCCUGGCCUUCGGGAGGCCUUAUGUAUCCAAGUGGUAGAGACCAGGCCUGGCAAGCAGGACAUCUGUCCUCUGUCUCUCAGGAUGUCAUCCCUCAAGAAGAAAAUGGGCAUCCGGAAGUGCCGAAGGAGAAGCUGUCCAAUCAGGACUUGUGGUGUGCAGGUGUGGUGGCUCACACCUGUCGUCCCAGCACUGGGAGGCUGAUGUGGGAAAAACCUGAAGGCCAGCCAGAGCUACAAAGCAAGAUGUCAUUCUUUAAAAAAAGGAAGGAAGGAAGGAAGGAAAGGAGUGAAGGAAAGAAAGAAGGUCUGGUGAGGUGGCCAGCAGGUCAGGGCACUUGCUGUGCACGCUUGGUGACUGAGCUCCAUCCCUGAGACCCAGAGUCAUAUGAUCCCAGCCGAGUGGAGAGGGUGUGAUGGAUGCUGGUGAAGACCCCACCACCUUGGCUAAUGGAGUGUUCUCUGGUUAACUCACCUGUCUUGUCCAGGCUGACUCUGGAAACUGCUGGGUUUCCGGCGUUCCAACUCCUCCUCUGCCUGCCAGUGGGAAAUCCGUCAUCCCUACAGAAUUGUUAUAGAGCUAAAGCAGUGGUGUGCAGACACCAUCUGUCUUUAUAGCAUGGAUAUAUAAUUCCUAUAUUUAGAAAUGAGUUUUCACAUCAGUUCCCCUUCCUGGUGGAUUAGGCCGAUCUGGUAAAUAGCUUGGUGUUAAUCUGGUUUUAUGUGAAAAAUCAAAUGUGGAAGAUGCAGUGGGUGAUUUUGAUUGGACCAUAAUGCCAUGCAUUCCCUGCUGCAUCUCCCCAGCUCAUGCUCAUGUUUAGGGGUGUGGCCUAGGCCCUCCACUUGGUAUUUGAACACUUACAGUUGAAGGAGAAUAUGCGUGACUAUGUAUGGCCCGUGGGGUAACUGGUAAGUAAGUGCGUGCUCCCAGACUGACAGCAGCUUCCUCGUGUCCCCGCAGGUCACACUCGCGCUGUAACUCACCCAAGGGGUGAUUCACGGCAUGGGAGCCAACGCGCCGCGCUCUGCUUUGCACUCAGUCUUUCCUAGGUCUUACUCUCUGUGUGAAUGUCUAGAUAUUCUUUAUAUGAAAAGUAAUUGCUGGUUUAAAAUAGACCAUGGUAACAAAGUAACUAUAUUUCUUUUUAUAAAAUGGCUAUUUUUCUAUGAUGUAUAAACAGUUCUUAGGUGGCAGAUUUUUAAGGAAGUGCUAUUUUAUUUAAGAGUCUAUCCCUGUGUGUGUGAGGGACCCAAGAGGGCCCACCUCGGCUCCAAAGCCGUUACCCCUGCUCCAACUUCAGCUCUGCCCCUUUGAACGCGGUGUCAGAGUGACAGUGAAGACCAAUCCCAAUUCAUUCAUCCUCACAAAGAUGCUUUGCCGCAAACGGAGCUGGGAGGGUACAUUUCAAGUCACCCCUCUCAAAACUGGCUAACAGCUUGGCGGUCAUUUGCAGCCAUGUCAGCUAGGAUUGCCAAAACCUCAUGGUUUCAUCUUGUGUUUCUGUGGGGAAUCUGCGGAGAAGGAACUUUUCUCUUGACCGCCACCUUGCUCCUUUAAAGAAAGAUCUAUUUUUGUCUAGAAUGACCCUGAUUACCUAAUCUUGCAUAUUCUAAAAAGUGCUUGGAGACAGUACAUAGGUGGCAUCUACGUGUGCAUAUGCCGUGAUGGAAGUAUCAAGAGGCCUGUGGUUCUACUACUGCAUUUGCCUGCAUAGUUCAUGCAUUUUGUGGCAUUUCACUCUUCUGUCUGAGGAAGAUACCCUUGCUAGCUAACAUUUUCCAAAGGUUUUGUCCCCUCCUUUUCCCUCCCUUCAUCCCUCUCUCCUUCCCUCCCUUCCUUCGUCCCUCCCUCCCUCUCCUUUCCUCUUUUUUUGCUCCCCACUCUAUUAAUUUUUUUGAGACAGUUAAUCUAUUUUCAGACAUGUCAAAUUCCUCUAGUGUGAGUCCAUGGCUGGUCUGUCCUCUGGCCCUAAGACAGAUUUUGACGGCCUCUUAUCUACACAAUAUUAUUUUAUUUCCUAAGAACCUCACAUGUUCUGACUGGACCACACAGAACAGAAUCCAAAUAGACCGACACACCUUCCUAGAUGUCCAUACCUGCAGUCUUGGCUUGCACCUGUUCCCCAUGCUCGUCUGCGUCCAGAGCUUGGCUCUCUCUCAUGGAAAGGGGUGUGGGAUGUAGGUCUCCCUGGGGCAGUGGACAAGCAAGUUGGUGAUCUGCAGUGGUGGUCAAAUCAUCUGCUAGGGCUAAGUGAAGGCUGAGCCACCUCCUGGACUUUGUGGGGCUGCACAUCCCUCCUUAAAAUGAAGUGGAAAGGCCCUGUGCAUGUGUCCACAUGUGCAGACCCCAUGUCUGCAUGUCUGUGUGCACACUGGUGCUGUACUGACUUCCUGUCAAAUGACCUGAUACCAUCUAAAGACUUUUUAAGAGAAAGAGAAGGAUCCUGAAGGAAAACUGUCGUGCCUUAUGUAUCUCAGUCUGAAAUGGGAUGCUCUUCCACUUGGUCUUGUUUGAAAUUAUAUCAUGCUUCCCUACAACCAUUCGGUCAAAAUAGUGAAUAGUUAUACUUUAACCUUAAUUUUUCCAGAUUCAAGCCCAUAUACACAUCUUUUGGAAGGAAGUGGUAACAUUACACUUAGUAACUUGAAAAUUUUACCUUUAACUUUUCAUAUCCAAGGUAAUAUAUAUCUGACCAAAAACUGUUUUGCUGAGGUCUUGAGUUCAAUACUAACCAUCAUACCCUAUGUAAAUUUCACAUGUGCCCUUGACUGUUGGUGGAGAAAGUUUCCCACGUUCUGUGUUUGUCAAUUGCUUUUCUCAUUACACAUGUUAGUAUUCAAUAAUUUGGAACUUGUAAAAUUAAAAGUUAUGAUUUUGGCCAUUUGAACUAAAAAUGAUAGGAGGAAUUGUGCCUGUGUUGUUUCUGGAAUUGCAGGAGGGGGAAAUGGUAGUCUUUGGCCUCUGUGGGGGAAUUUUUCUGAAGGAUUGAAGAUGAGGUACCUACUACCAUAUUCAGUUGUGUUUCUGUCAGCCCCGGAACCCUCUAAAGAUGCAGUUGGCCUCUGGACAGGACCAUCAGAAUCGUUUCCACAUUUAUAAACAUUUAUUUCCUUUAUUAAUAAAGACCCUGAAUGUGCAUCA